AUUCAGUCUUCACCAAUGAAAACAUCAACAAAUCACAAUAAAAGUUCACACUACCUUAUAUGAGACAGGUAGUGUUAGUGUCCUGUGUAACAGUGUAAGAGGAUGAAGUAUGUUACCCAGCAAUGUAUUAUUUCAUUUUGUGCAAUGACAUUACACAUUCUGCACACCUUAGCAUAUCGAUGUACAUGUAGGGUAGCAUUACACCUUAUCGCUAUUUAUUCCUUUCUGGGUAAGUUCUAAUAUUACACAACUUUUUCAUCGAGUUGAAGCUAACUGUGGCCCUGUUGAAACAAUGCAUCAUGCAUUAUACUUUUAAAAGAGACCUGUUUAAACCAUCGUAAACACAUCAAACAAAAUAUUUUUUUACUUUAAUUUGAGUUUCGAAAAAGUGGAUCAAAAUCUAUCAAAGUUUCAGAGUGUUCGCUUUCUAAAUUUUUUCCUCCCUCAGCUCGUUACUGAUAACCUUUGUUUUGGUACCGGAUGACCCAAACAGGAAGUUGUCUUAGUGACUGUUUUUUUACGGAUUGGACCAAAUAGCAAUAAGGUGUAUUAUCUGCCAAUGUUUGUUGAUUUGACGUUAUAUCUACAAUAAUCAGAAAUAUACUACAUAAAUUAAGAAUUAUAUAUAAGCAUAUGUCAUCAUCUUCAUGAUUGAGGCCUGAACAAUAAAAUAACCAGAUUUACCAAAUUUCAUGAAUAAUAUAUCUAAGAGAAAGCUGAAAUGCAAAAUCAUCCCGGAUGCUGGUCAUGCUUUUUAGGCAUUUUAUUUAUGUUGUCAUUCAGUUACAUAUGUAAACAAACACAUGGUCUUGGCUGUUUUUUUCAGGUAACAUUUUUAUCUUAUUAAAGAAUUAUCUAAUUAAAAUUCUAUGUAUUUCUUAUCAUAAAAACAGAUAUGUCAGCAUCAUACAUGUGUACCUCCCGACGGGAGUAUAAUAUAAUCCCGUUUUCAGGGGUCCCCUCCAAUUUUCAGACACCAUUUUUUACUACCCUGUUUACAAAUAUUUCUUAUUGAAGACGUAAAAACCCAAGAGUAUUGAACGUAUGAGUGUAACUGACAUUACCUGAUUACAUAACAUGUAUAGAUUUUGACCCUGUCAUGCGGCUAAUUAACAAAUGGUAAUAGUUUGAUCGAACAAUCAAAACAGGUGAUGGGAUAUUAUUUACUCGAUAUGGCUUCUGUUUAUGGCACACUCCAAAGAUGAUUAAAGGUAAAUACCGGCAUUGAAAGAAAAAUGGAAUGUUGUUGUCAAAACAUCGAUCGGAAGGUUUUGAUGCAAAAGAAAACAUUUAUUGUAUAAGAAAUUACUGGUAAAAGAAAUGGUUUCAGCUCAAUGUGAGCUGUUUGCUACCUGACCUGACUGGAAAAUCGUAUAAGCAAAAUGUUUGGUUUGAACAUCAUUAUGAAUUCAAAAUGCCAAAACGACAGUUAUCUCCGUCUUCAAAGACACCAUUAGCAAAACAACAGAAAUAUAUGACAAAGUUCAACAAUUCCUGGAAAGCUGACUUUAAAUGAUGCAAACCCAGUUCAAAUGGCAAAGACCAGGCAUACUGUACUUCUUACAAAGUUGACUUCAAGAUCUGUUAUGGGGACCGUAAAGACAUUACCAGACACAGUGAGACCUCUUCUCACAAGCGCAAGUAUGGAUCCGUUUCAACAACUCCAUCUGUCAAAUCCAUGUUCAACAACGUUGACAAAGUAACAUAUGCAGAGACUGUUUUUGACAACUUCAUCGCAGACCACAACCUUCCUUUUCUGAUAGAAGACCACUUAACUCUAUGUAUGAAAGUUAUGUAUCCAGACUCACCUAUUGCCCAGAAGUUUUUAUGCAAACUUACCAACUACCAAGACCACUCACAUAGUAAUUCAGGCCCUAGCACCACAUUGGGACAACAAAGUCACCAACAUGUGUAAAGUGGAGAAGUUUGCUGUAAUGAUUGGGAAGUCCAACGACAAGGGUGAUAACAAAAAACUUAACAACUUAGUCAGAGUCUACAACCAGACCCUUCAGAAGAUUGCAACACACUUUGUUGGCAUAUCUACCUGCAACAUUGGUACCAGUGACAGUAUCUUCAGAUGUCUAGACCAGGUAUUUAGGUAAAUAUCAAAUUUACAUUUUUAUAUCAAAUUUUAAAAAGUCAUAUAAGAUAGAUGCACAUGUACAGACAAUGAAUGAGACACAAUAAAGCUACAAGAACAGAUAUGUAUCAAUAAUUUUGAUUAACAAAAUAUUGUGUUUAUAAAAUAUAUUUGUGUGUUACAUAUGUGUUUUUCAUACAAUAAAUAUAUUUUUUCUAUUUCAGUGACAGGGGCAUUCCAUUGUCCAACUGUGUAGGCUACUCAUCAGAUAAUUGCAAUGUCAUGAUUGGUAAAAACAACAAGUGUCCUCACCAGAGCCCAAGAGAAGAGUUGGUUGUGUGUGUCACAUGGCAAACAUCUGUGCACAGAAAGCAGUAAAGAACCUUCCAUUGCCAGUAGAUGAGCUGCUUAUAGAUGUCUUCUUCCAUUUUUAUCACAGGAGGAGUACACCAGUUUCCUUGACUUCACUGACACAAAACCCAUGAAGCUGCUGAAGCAAUGUGGUACCAGAUGGUUGUCCUUAGAGAGGUGUGUCAAAAGAUUACUUCAGCAGCAUCCAGCCCUUAAGUCCUACUUUCAGAGUCACCCAGAGAGUGAGAAGCCAUGUCAUAUAAUGAGGUGUGCAGAGUUCCAUGUCAACAAUGAGAUGUGGUUGUACUUUGCUUUCCUAGACUUCAUCCUUCCUGUUUGACUUGAAUGCUAUGUUCCUGGCUAGUGAGUCUAUGGUUGGUUUUCUGCAAACAGAAAUGGUUCAUCUCCUCCGUAAGCUCAUGUCUAGAUUUGUUAGCACCAAAGUUAUAACCAUGCAGCAAGACAACACCAAAGUGUCCAGAGAACCAGCAUGACAACGAGAGGAUAGCCAUUGGUUGGACAGCUAGUGAGUCCCUCAGUGACCAUGAGGAUCUUUCACCAGUGGUUGUCAACAGGUUCUAUAGGUAUUUUUAACUUUUUUUUAUUGUGGGGAAUAAAUGUACAUGAAUCAAUUAUCAUUCAAUGUACAAUGAGACAAAAGUAGCUGUACACAAAUUUUUUUCAACUAAUUUUCUAAGCUUGAUUAAUAUUAACAUUUAUUAGCAAUAUUAAUUUGAGGUAAUUUUCUUUUUUGUUUAUUAUAGCUCUGUCAGACAGUUCAACUGCACAGCAGUGUCUACCAUGAUUGCAAAGUUUCCUUUCAAGGAUACAGUGUUGCAGACUAUUGCCUAUAUCAACCCAGAGAUCAAACAGAAUGUGUCACCAGAAGAUUUUAAGUUUUGUUUAUUACUUUAUUGUGUAAUUUCUGUAACUUCAAAUCAUGCGAAUGAAACAAAAUGAAUAUGGGGUAACACCAAUGAGACAAGUUAAAAAACAUUAAAAAAACCACACAGUAGUAUAUUAAUUGUUGAUGAUUGUUUUUAAUUUAAUGUUGUGAAAAUAUCUAUAUAUUUUAUAUAUAAUAAUUGUUUUUUUUAUUUUAUAGUUGCCAGUCUGUCAGACAGAUUUCUCUUUUAGAGUCCUGACCAGAAAUCACAACUUGAAGACCAGGCCAGUGACUACAUCCUUUCUCCAAAGUCAGACCUGUCACCUUAUUACAAAGAAAACACAACACUGAACCAGUUCUGGCAGUCUAUGGCACAACUUAAGGUUCCAAGUGGCCAGCCCAGUUUGAUCUGCUCUUUCAGUUUUAGAAAAAUAAUGCUACCCAUUCCACAUUCCAAUGCAGACACAGAGAGGACUUUCAGCAUGCUGACGAAGAUCCAGACAGACAUCAGUGAUUCCCUGGACUCCAAGACAAUACACAGCCUGCCAAGCAUCAAAGAUAAACAACUAUCAGUACACAAACUGUUACCUGUACAAGCCAGAGCCAAGUGUAGUUAAAGCAGACAAAUCAGCAUGUACCUCCUACCAGAGACCAGUGCUUAAAUUUUGAGAAAGUUCUUUAAUUAUUAACUAAAUAGACAGUGCUUUAACUUAUAUAUUUUGAAAGAGUUUAAACAAUGACAAUGCUUAGUUUUCUAACAUAAUACUAGUGCUUAUAACCAUGCAUACCCAUUGUUAUUGUUUGUUGAUUUUUAAUCUAUUUAUUAUGUAAUAAAUGCAUAGCUUAUUUUUCUCUUAUAUCUCUAAGCCAAUGACAAUGAAAACAAAUAAAAAAGAUGGAAGCAACAAUGUAAAACUAAACAAAAACAGAUUCUUCUCAAUUAUUCAUUCAAAUAGACAGACUUAACCACAUUGAUAUGCCAUUCAAAUGGAAGAUUGAAGAAAAAAACACAUAAAAAAGACAGAUUUUACAUCAGAUGGUUAAAUUUACAAUAAAAAAAAUGUCAAUAAAAACCCUCCUGAUCUGAGGUCUGAACUCCUGACCAAAAUUUCCGAAUCUCCUAAUUUGAAUUUCACAGUCUAUCAUAUGUAUACAGCAUGUUUUUAAUCUUUGUAAGCUAACAACAUCAACAAGUACAUUUUGACUUAUUUAAGAGAAAUUGAUGUGACUUAUUCCAGAUUUAAAUAAAAGCUUGUUCUCAUUUCAUUUAUAAAGGGUUAUCUAUUUACUGUUUCUUGCACAUGCUUCCAAUUUUAUCCUUUGACAGAUGCCUGCUCUGUUUUUAAAUCAUGAAAAAUAUAUAUAAUGCAUAUUUGUCUUCUAUUUUUUAUGCAUUUCAUAUAGUUAAUAUCUUUUACUUUUUAGUUAUAUGAGGAUGUAGUAGAAAAAAAAUAUGGGGAGAUACACAAGAUAUGGAUGACUCCAGGACACAUUUUCAUCACCGUAAAGGAGGGGAGACAACUAUUUACUUUUGAUAAUAAAUCAGCAAGUAGAACAAUUAACAACAGCUUUGAAAAGUGUUUGGACAGUAAAGAAUUAGAGUCACCAAUUUUAGAUAUUUUAGUUUCUGCCACAAAUUACAGCCUGAUUUUUAUUGUAGAAGAAAGUGGAUACGUACAUUGUUGGAGAUAUAAAACAGAGGGAUGGACAUUUUUGUUGACACUUGAUAUUUGUAAUGUAAAUCAGACAUCUGUUGUUAGUAUCUGUCUUCACCCAUCCCAGAAUGCGUUGUUUUGGUGUGAAGAACGCAAAGUAGAGGAUAGAACAAUAUAUUGUAUAUGUAAAAGACAGCUGCCUGAAGAUGAAGAAAAAUUAGAGAACAGAGAAAUUGGAAAUCCUAUUGUUAUAAUGCACAAUUGUCCAUCAUGUCAGCUUUAUCCAUCCAUUUCAGGACUAUAUAUAGUUGUCAGAAAUAAACUGCCACUGGUGUCCAUGGUGAUAUUAUGGCUUAGUUACUCAAACAAAGUUAUAGUUAGUAUUGGUAGGCAGAAAACAGAGGUAACAGAUUUCAGCAUAAAUCAGCCAAUAGAAUUCAACAAACUUGCUGUAAAAUUAGCAGGAUGUAUAUCUAAGGUAAAGCCAACUGAUCACUUAGGAGGAAUUAUAUACAGAAUACAGGACAUGAACUUGUCAACAGUUCUAAAAGAUGGAAGUAUUAUUAGUUUGUCAGAAAGUGAAGGUGAUAAAAAGAAGACACAGUUUAUGAUUGAUUUAAAGAAUGUUUCCAAUGAAUGGUUUGAAUUUCAAAAAGUCAUUGGUUCAUUACAGGAUUCAAAAAUAAUGUUGUACAGGAAGCUGGAGCAGGGAUCAAGACUUGAACAAAUACCAGUAAAAAGCCCUGAUGGCAGUCCUAUUAUAGGUUUUUGUAAACUGAGCAUUGGAACGAUGUGGCCAGCAUUUUACACGGAAAACAACAUAUACACUAUUCAAUGGUCCAGUAAAGAAGACAAGCACACAAUAGAUACAUUGGUAAAAUCAGGUAACUUCCAAACACCAGCAGUUCAUCUAGCCUUGUUAGAACAGAGGAAAAGCGAUGAACCAUCCCCUGAGGUUUACACAGAUUUGUCUAAACUCAGGCAGAACCACUUGAUGAACCUGGAUAAAGAACCAGCAACAAAACUGGCUGUUCUAUUAGAGCCUUAUUUAAAGAACUACUGGGAGUUGGAUGGUUUUCAGCAAGCUUUUCUGAAGCAAAAUUCUAAUUUACCAGAACUAUCCUGUAGAGGUGUAGAAGAUGAAGUACUUCACACAAUAUCACCUCAGACGAUGACGCCAAUGUCUGCCAGACAAUCCUGGCUACUUAUUCUCUCUAAUAUCUACCCACAGCAAGUCCUCAAAGUUCUCAAUACUUUAAUGGACUUUGAAACUCAUGAUGACAUCAGUACAUCACAGAUACAGAGAUGGCAGUGUAUAUUGGCCAAUGAGAACACAGUUAGUCCUGUUAGCAGUGAUGUGGCUGUUCCAUUGUUUGAACAUUUGUGCCGUUUGAUGUUACUCAUUCAACCACAAAAAUUAGUCCAGUUUGUAAAACUGUGUCAGAUGAUAAACAAUCAGAAAGUUGGUGUGUCAGCAUUUAUAAGGAAAAGACAAGCUCUUCAGUACUAUGAUAGAGCUUUGGACUGUUUACCAUCACCUAAAGAUUCAGAGAAUCCUGAGAAGGCAGUAAAUGCUUAUGUAGAGCUGUUGAUGGCAAGUGAGAAAUCCCAUUGUGAGAACACUGCAUUGAAGAUGUUCAUUGAUCAUGGUCACUGGAAGGAUUCUAUAGAGCUUAUCAAGAAAUAUAAAGAAAAUCAAACAUUGUAUGGCAAUCUCUACCUCACAUUGUUCAGGGCUAUGUCACAGAAAGAAGUGUUAUCAGAAUAUGCAGAAGAAAUGUUCUUAGAGUCACCAGAAAAUUCUUGUUUCACACAAAUUUCAUCGUUUUUAUUGCCAAAAGAUGCUACUAGUGCCAAAGAUGUUUUUGUAAACUCAUCAUGUGAUAUUCCAAUGCAUGCUGUACGAUCAUCAUUGUUAAAGUACUACACACCGAAAUCAUGAUAUAUGGACAUAGAUAAAACUGUACAAAAUAUAAGUACAUGGAUUCAUAUUUGACUGAUACAAUGUGCAAUAUUAUUGUUAAGUUUGUAAAUAAAAAAUGAAUAAAUACAAA